CUCCUGGUGUGAUCCAUUAGCUGCACGGAUGAGUCCCAGUGCCUCAGGAGGCUGCCGCUCUCACUCCGCUCUCAUGGUCCUCUCAGGGAGUGAUGGUCAGUAAAGAGGCAGGCCGCUUUGCCCUGUCAAACUCUGAGUCAGACUCAGAGUGUGGAGGUCCGACCCUUGGGGGAGAGAGUGGCGUGUGUGCGGACGUAGCACGCAAGCGGAACAAAGCCCUGCAGGUCCGCUUCAAGGACAUCUGCGAGGCCCAGAAUGAGGUGGCACGCUUAGCCCGGGUCACUAGGGGGCGCUCUGUCUCAUGCAAGAUUGUACACAGGAGGUACAUGACCAUGCCAGCACGCCGUUCCAUCCCCAACGUGACAAAGAGUACUGCAGUGCAGACCUCACCCGACCUGAGGAAGCGCUAUCAGACUUUCCCCUUCGAGCGUAAGAAGGGACACACUAUCAAACACACAGCUUUGGUGGAGAAUUACCAGGGCCAGAACAAUGGGUUCUUGAGUGAUGUGAAGGGUGGGGAGGAGGAGCAACCAUGCAGUGACAAUGUACAGAAGACUCGAGUGCUUCUGCACAGCAUGCCACCAUGCAGCAACAUGCAGGACUUGUGCACUGGGCCAGACUGCCCAGAGAACAAACUCUGCCCCAGCAGGGAGAUGAACACAAACUCUGACCAGUUGGAUCUGGGGAUAGAGGGAGGAACCCAGGGAGGCAGGUCAAAGCACAAAGGAUUACCUAAUGAGAGUGAAGAGGGGGCAGGACAAGGCCCAAUCUGUUCCAAGACCUCCUCCUCCACUUACUCAAUGCAACCUCUGCAGGACAGGGGGGGCACUUCAAAGGUCACUGGCCCCAUUGCAUGGACAUCUUUGACACAGGUAGAAUGUCUGGAGAGUCCUUCUACACAUUGCAAGCGCAUAACAGAAGCAGCACAGUUGAACGGCCUGCAGUCCCAGGCCCGGGAGGCCCUCCAGGCUCACUAUCAUGGUGGCCACGGGAGCAUGGACCCUCAGGUGGCCACCAGUGCUCGCAAGUGUGUGCAGGUGAUUCCACUGCCCGGGGUGGAGGGGGAUGUGAAGGCUAGGUUGCAAGCCAUGGAGACUCUCAUCAGCUCCAGCCAGGAGACCAUCAAGGUGCUGCUGGGGGUCAUUCAGGAGCUGGAGAAAGGAGAGGCACAGCGGGAGGGCAGACUGUCAUACCGAACAGGGCAGGAUACAGCCAACUGUGACACAUGCCGGAACAGUGCCUGCAUCAUCUACAGUGUGGAACUGGACUUUAAGCUGCAAGAAGACAAACUGCAGCCCUUGAUGAAAAGACUGUGUCCAACAGUGGAUUUGCCCUACACAUCCCUGCCUUACUCCCAAGAAGUGUUCACGUCCACCCCAAAACGCAAAUCUAAGACUGAGGCCAAGAAGCAUGCACGCUGGAAACUGUGGUUCCUCUGAUGGAUGUUGUUCUGAACAGCUUCCUUUGAUCCGUGAAUCAUGUUCUAUCAAUAUUUGGAGACCAGUAUAUAAAAUUCUGCACUGAGAAAUGUAUAUGAGGAAACGCUGCUGUUCUGUGCUUUGUGAUUGUAGCACUGGGGACUGUAUCAGUGGUUGGAUUUUACUGAGGAAUAUCCUUUGUUUUCAUUUCACAAUCUUUUAUAAACCCUGAGACUGGGAACUGCUGAGAAUUCACCUGCUAUCAUAUUUGCUGAAGAGGAUUCCACAUAAGGUUCCAUGACUCAUUUGCAAAGCGCCCUGUAGAGCAGACAGGAACUUCAAAUAUAAAAGCUAACUCACCAAGAUGCCAAUCUGGAUGUGCACCUUCACUGGCAUUUAAUCACAAGAAAGCACAAACUUUGGGAAAUAUAAAGUGGACAUUUUAUCUAAAACUCGUUUUUUCCCUUCCCAUCUGUCUUUCUCUCUCUCUAUAAUGUUUGCCCAUUUUUUCAGUGAAAGAGGGUGUUUACAUAAAAAUUGUCCAUAUUCUAAGUUAUUCUGAAAGAAGGUGUGUGAAUGCAGAAUCAGUCAACUGCAUGCACAAACGUUAUGACUUUAUAAACAUAUUUUUUUCAUUUAAAAAAAUGUUGAGGAAUUAAAUGAGUAGUUUGUAAUAUGCUGUGAACUAAAUAAUGAUUAAAUUUCCCUGUGAGUGUUCUUGGAAAAAAAUAUUUCUAUAAAAGAUAUUGAUUUUUUUUCUAUUUAAAGAAAGAGUGUCUUUCACAUUGAACAAUGCCUAUGGUAGUGUGACAGAGACAGCAGAUUUUUCAAACACAAUGAAAUUCAGUUACAUUGUGUCUUCAUAGAGUAAUUUAAAUGUUUUGUACAAUGCCACCCAAGUAACAGAAAUCCUGGGUACAUAUCUAGCUGUAGCUGUCAAAGAGUACUAUUCCUAAAUCCACAAAACCGAAGAGUGAAAUAAUACUGGUGAAAAAAGAGGGCUAUGUAAAUAUCUUAUUUAUGUUUUCAAACAUUACUCAGACAGCUUUGCAUUGGUUCCUCAAGAAUUUUUAAAUUCUUUCAAAUGACUGCCUAGCCUACUUUGAUUCCUGUGUCGACUAAAUUGUUUUGUCUUGCACUCCACUAAACUAGAGAUAUGACCAUCACCUACUACAAAUUUCAGUUGUGUCCAAACAUGAGCUAGAUCAUAUGUUUUCACAUUCAUGAACAUAUUAUUGCAGAAUUACAUUUAAAUUGCAUCGUCUAGACUAGCUUUUACUGUAGCAUAAUGAGACAGAUGCAUCGCUAUACCUUGGGAAAGUGCAAUUGAUUUAUAUUGUGCAAUAUAUUCUACAUUUUAUACUCUUUCUACCCACAAACAA